UGUAGAUUAAGUACAUGUUUAAAUACGUUUUGGAUAGAAGCAUUUAUGGAAGCAUUUGAGUUUUCUUAUGUUUUAGUAAAUUCUCUAAAAAUAUUUGUGUGUGUGUGUGUGUGUCUCUAACAUCUUCUCAAAAUAAUAACAAUAGUCUGUCAUGUUUUAAUAAGGAUAAAUAAUUAUCAAGUGAAUAGAAGAACUAUUAUACGAGAGUCAUGUUUUUAUUGCAUAUAACAUAUAUUUUGUUCUCAGAGUGCAAAAGGUGUUUUUAAAGAUUUGCCAAGGUUGUCGGCAUCUGAACUCCGACAGUUCUACUCAGUAGGGUCAGCACAUAAGGAAUGGACGAUAAGAAGAGGCAACGAACAUUGAGUGGUGAGGAAUCUGGGUACGAAACUAGUCAGCCACCCGAUACAAGGGACAAGCUCACGCAACAGAUGCAUAAUCAAACUGAAAAAGCAACGGAGAAUCAAACGCCGAAGAACAUUACAAACUAUGGCGGUCCUAGAAAACAAGCGGAUAGUCAAGUACUUAUCACGGGAAACUCAAUCGUACAAGGACAUCUCAUACCAACAAAGCCAACGGUAGAUGAACAAGAUAUACCAAAAGAGGCAACAAUAUUAGGGCAAGAUAUACCACCAAGCCUACGAUACUCGUACAAGAUAUACCGAAAAAAUCAACGGGUCAGAAACAAGUUAUACCGACAAAAUCAACAUCACUGGGACAAGAUAUAAAGGCAAAGUCAACGGUACAGGAACGGCUUUUAACGGCAAAGGCAACGGUACUGGGACAAGAUAUACCAACAAAGUAUACGAUACAGGAAAAUUCAACGGUACUCGGAAAAUCUAUGCCGGAAAAAUCAACGGCAUCGGAACAAAAAACAACAUCAAAUCCAACGGUACAGGAACAAGUUAUUCAGACAAAGUCUACGGUACUGGAACAAGAUAGACCAACAAAACCAACGGUACAGGACAAAGAUAUACCGACCAAGUCUACGGUACUGGGGCAAGAUAAACCGUCAAUGUCAACGGUGCAGGAACCAAAUAUACCACCAAAGUCAAAGACAGUGGAAAAAAGACACUAUCAGAGCCAACGGUACAGAAACAAGAUAUACUGACGCAGUCAACAACACAAGGGCAAGAUAUACAACCAAAGCAAACCGUACUCGUAGAAGAUAUAUUGAAAAUGUCAACGGGUCAGGAUCAAGUUACACCUGCAAAGUCAACACCACUGGGACAAGAUAUUACGGCAAAGUCAACGGUACUGAGACAAGAUAUACUGGAAGAGUCAACGGUAAUGGGAAAAUAUAUACCGGAAAAGUCAACGCUUCAGGAACAAAGUAUGCCGCAAAAAGCGAUGGCACUGAAACAAAGAAUAACCUUAAAGUCAGCGGUACAUGAUCAAGUUAUUUCGAAAACAUAUUCGGCACUAGAACAAUAUAGACCACCAAAGCCAACGGUACAUGAACAAGAUAUACCGAAAAAAUCUACGAUAAAGGAAAAAUAUAUACCGGAAAAAUCAACGGUACUGGGUAAAUAUAUACCGGAAAAAUCAACUUUUAAGGAACAAAAUAUGCGGCAAAAGUCAGCGGCACCGGAACAAGAAACACCGUCAAAACUAACGGUACAGGAACAACUUAUUCCGACAAAGUCUACGGUACUGGAACAAGAUAGACCACCAAAGCCAAUGGUACAGGAAAAAUAUACACCGACAAAGGCUACGGUACUGGGCCAAGAUAAACCGACAUUAUCAACGGUACAGGCACCAGAUAUGCCACUUAUGUCAACGGGAAUUGAGCAAAAAACACAAUCAAAGCAAACUGUACAGGAACAAGAUAUACUGACGCAGUCAACAGCACAAGGGCAAGAUAUACAAUCAAAGCAAACCGUACUCGUACAAGAUGUACCAAAAAUGUCAACGGGUCAAGAUCAAGUUACACCUGCAAAGUCAACAACACUGGGGCAAGAUAUAACGGCAAAGUCAUCGGUACUGGGACAAGAUUUACCGGUAAAGUCUUCGGUACUGGGAACACAUAUACCGGACAAGUCAACGGUACUGGGACAUGAUAUACCAACAAAGUCUAUGAUACAGAAAAAAUAUAUACCGGAAAAAUCAAAGGUACUGGGAAAAUAUAUACCGGAAAAAUCAACGUUCCACGAACAAAAUAUACGGCAAAAGUCAAUGGCACCGGAACAAAAAACAACAUCAAAGCCAACGGUACAGGAACAAGUUAUUCCGACAAAGUCUAUGGUACUGGAACAAGAUAGACCUACAAAGCCAACGGUACAGGAAAAGGAUAUACCUACAAAGUCUAAGGUACUGGGCCAAGAUAAAUCGACAUUGUCAACGGUACCGGAACCAGAUAUGUCAUCAAAGCCAACAGCACUGGAACAAAAAACACAAUCAAAGCCAAUGGUACAGGAACAAGAUAUAGCGACACAGUCAACAGCACACGGGCAAGAUAUACCACCAAAGCAAACCGUACUCGUACAAGAUAUACCGAAAAAGUCAACGGGUCAGGAUCAAGUUACACCCACAAAGUCAACACUACUGGGACAAGAUAUCACGGCAAAGUCAACGGUACUGGGACAAGAUUUACCGGAAAAGUCAACGGUAAUGGGAAAAUAUAUACUGGAAAAGUCAACGCUUCAGGAACAAAUUAUGCCACCAAAAGCGAUGGCACUGAAACAAAAAAUAACCUUAAAGUCAGCGGUACAUGAUCAAGUUAUUUCGAAAACGUAUUCGGUACUAGAACAAGAUAGACCACCAAAGCCAACGGUACAUGAACAAGAUAUACCGAAAAAGUCUCCGAUACUGGGACGAGAUAAUCCGACAAAGUCAACGGUACUGGGACAAUUUAUAUCUACCAAGUCAACGGCAAUGGAACCAGAUGUAACGUCAAAUUCGACGAUACUGGGACAAGAUUAUAUACCUGCAAAGUCAACUGUACUGGGGCAAGAUAUUUCGAAAACGUCAACGAUCCUUGGACAAGACAAACAGGAAAGGUCAAUUGUAUGUGGACAAGAUAUACCGGAAAAGUCAAUUUUACUGGGUCAAGAUAAACCAGCAAAGUCAACUGAACAGAAACAAGAUGCAAAUUUAUAUCGAACACGUCAACGAUCCUGGAAAAAGAUUAACCAUAGUCAAUUGUACUGGGGAAAGAUAUACCGGCUAAGAAAACGGGACCAGAACAAGAGACUAAACGCUAUAAAAAACAAAGACUUCGGUUAUCUGACAAGAAUGCUACAAGAACAAGGUAUAGAGUCAAGGCCCACGGUACGGGGACAAAGGCCAAAGCCUGUGAAUAUUUCGAGCUCUGGCAGUUUCGGCCACCAAGCUGAAAGUCAAGGAUCUAUUACACCGCCACAGUUUACGGCACAGGAACCAAUUCCAAACGCAAAUGCACUGGAUGAGCAUACGACGGAAAUUGAUGGUUCAGCAACACAAAGCACCUACGAAAAACAACAAGAGUUCUUCUGUAAAUCAGUAGAAACCAUGACUGAACUAUGUCGUUGCAAUGGAGAGCGUUUCAUGGCGCAAAUUGAAGAUGUAAAGCGAAUGAUGAAAGAAAAUGACAACACACCCCAUGAGCAGGAAAUAAAAGAGUUCAUUUGUCAGGCAGUGGGGACCAUGAAUGAAAUGUGUCGUACCAAUGAAGAAAAAUACAUAACACAAAUUGAAGAUGUAAAGCAAAUGAUGAAAGAAAAUGGCAACAAACAGAAUGAGUCAAACAUUAAAUUUCAACGAGAUAAAGACAAAAGGCACAUUCUUAGCCAACUAAAUGGAGUUUUACAAAAAAGAAUAAGAAAUCUUCAAACAAUGAAAGAUGAUUUUCUGAUAACAUUCGGACAGCUUGGAACGCAAAGCGACCGAGAAAGUCUUAAACGACUGUUGGAGAUAGACGAACAGUUACAAAGACGACAAGACGGGCUGGAAGAAACUUUGUCUGUAGAAUGGUCUACGAAGGAAACAAUGGCGGACCAAGUGUCAGUAACAACGGACCGAGGCUCGUGCGGAAAAAAAUCUUUGUCGUUUGGACAGGCUGUCAAAGCAAAAAUACUCGAACUUAAUAAGAAGAUAGAGGAUCGUGCAUGUGUAAGCGAACAAUGUCUCGUCAAGGAACUUGAUGAAGUUCAGGAACAACUGCGUAAAAAGACAGAAGAGGCGGCUCAACUGAAAAGACAAAUAAGACAUUGCAAGCCGGAAGAGAAAAAACAUCUGCAGAAACGGCUUGAACAAAACCAAAAAGAAGUCAAAGCACUAAAGAAAAUUAAUAAAGUUCUGGAAAUAAAAAAUGAGAAUCUACAACAAGCGAUGGCUCUUAUGAAGGCGGGCUAUUCUCAACGAGGCAAAGAAAAUGAGCUCAGCAAUCUACUAAAACCAAUAGCAGAGAAAGACGUUGAAUUAGAGAUAAAGUGGGGCGGUUUAAAGGAGCAACUAAAGUACAUCGAAACAGAAUCGUGCCUUUUAGACCCAUGUUCGGAGCCGAGCAGUGUAGAGGACGACGCAGAAAGUGGAAAUAUGGACCCUGAACCAUUAAAGGAUGGACGAGCUAUCAAACAGUGGAUUGAUAACAUGGAAUCUUUUAUGAGAAUGAGAUUGAAGAACUCGGAGAGUGAAGUUGAAAUACUUCAGAAAUAUCGAGGCGACAUGAGGAAAAUGAUAUAUUUAUGGAGGUCAAUUAAAACCGACAAAACAAGGAUGAAUAAAGAGCUAGAAAUAUGUUUUCAAAACAUGUUGCAAAUGAUAGUUGGGAUUCAGAAGGACGAUUCCGAAUCUCGAGCAUAUGGCAGAGUAAACCGAGAUAGUCUUGAACAGAUAGUUGAGAAGUUCGUAGAAAUAUCAAGCAACGUUCAAGAAGAACUCUCUAUCCUAGAUCGAGAAUGUUCCCCAGCUCUUAACCGCUCAGAAACGAACAAAUCGGUAGAAGAAGCAAUAGGAAACAACGGCGAUGACUUGAAAAGCAUUGAGCGAGCUGUUCAAACGUGGUCUGAAGCUAUGUCAUUGAUGUUUGUAAGGAUGCUCUACUCAUCGGCUGGAGUUUUCACACAGGACUUUCGCACAUACCAGAAAUACCAGAACGCUGCAGCAAAUCUAAUGUUGAUACUGAACGGGCAUUUCCAGACGAUUGCUGGUUUGCCUACAGUCAUUGACAAUCAAUUGAAAACGCUUCACAUCUUCAAUAUUAUGCAGGACUCAUUCGCGAGACAAAUUCACGAAUUCAGCCAUAUUUUUCAGGAAAUAAUAUAUAAUUGGGGACUACCGAAAGGCCAGGGCUUACAUGUCAUUGAAACGGAACGGAAAAGGUGCGAAAACAGAUUGGCUGACUGCAAACACACAUUUGGAGGACGAUGGUGGUUACACAUACGGAACUUAAUAAACUCAACCUAUUAUACACAUGUUGCUGCGGAAAUCGCUUCCCGAAUGGCGAUUCUAGAUCAGUAUAACGUGCACGAGUUUAUAUGUUAAUACAUGCGACGCCUUAUUGCACAGAACACUAACCCGUGACUGGUGACCAAGAAGUAAGGUUAAAACGUCAGCAUCAGAGAAUAUAUCCUUGGUCAUUUGACGAAAUAUAUCUACGUACUUUUUUUACUUGAUACUCAACGGUAUAUUUAUGUUUUGUGCUAUUUUUAUUUUGGUGUUCGUUAGGUGCAUGAUGUUAUUGAUUAUAUGUUCCAUAGUGCACUAUCUAAUAUUAUAAACCUAAAUAUACCAUAAAAUUAGUAGUCGGCAUUCGUACCACGUGACCGUAUGUUUUCCGUAUUCCACGUGCGUAAGUCCAAUAAGUUCAUUACGAACGCCCCAAGCGAAACCUCAUUUUAAAACCGAUUAUUUAACUCGCAUCGUCUAUGUACUCGUUCACAUAUAUCACCUUAUUAUACACAUUGCUGUUAAAUAACCAAGUAUUAUUGUUUAAAUAAAAUUUAUUUUAUUGUUAGUUGAAAAUUGUAUACUCUUACGUGUAGUGACAAAUCACACACGAUAUAUUUUAUUCCUGUUUUAAAUAUUGUUCAGUAAUAAGCAAUACCACGUGUGGUGUUAAAUUCAUUAAUUAGCAUCUGGCAAAAAAACGUCCUCCAUUUCAUCAGUUAAAAUGUAUUUUUUACUUUCGCAAUAAUAUUCCCAUAAGGAAUAGAGAUGUUUAUAGUAGUAGUACAUGUAAUAUGUCAUUUAACAUAGUUUGGAAAUUUCAUGAAUCAUGAACUGUUUUAACCCAAUACAACUUUACAAUUGGAAACUGUACAAUAGAAAAGAAGCAGAAAUUCUUCCCUAUUGGAUUCGAGCUUGGCACCUUUUGUGCAACAUCCAUCGCGCUUCAUCUGAGCCUUUUUGGCUUUUCACUUAACCUGCGUACUUCAUUUACACUAGAUUACACAAAGGCUAUCGCGUGUAUGAAAACUAUACUAUUUACGAUUAUCGUAUUUAUUUCGUGUAAAUCCUACGCUACUUGAGAUAAUUUUGUUAGAAUACAACAGUUUGAAUCGAUAUGAUUUAAGUGUGUUUCAUUCAUAUGGAUGUUUUCUUGUUCGAUAUUGCUUAUAAUAUAUUUCUAAGAACUGACAUGUAGUUUCGUCGACGUUUAGUUUACUUUAAGACAAAGUCAUUAAACAUGUCCUGAAUAAUAAUUCUGUUCGAUGCAUAGGCUUGUUUACUUUAUAUACGAUUAUCUGUUUAAUGUGAAUAACAAGCUUGGUGCUUUUAUGUCAAUUUAAAGUUACAUAACUUUAUGUUUAUGUUUGAUUGCGGUUAUGUACUAUAUGACCAAUUUUAUUGAUGAUAUAUAUCAGGAUGAAACCAAAGUAUUUUAAGUAAUUUUCUUUGUCGCUUAUAUGGUUUUGUAUAAUAUUUGCUGUACUUGAAUUUAAGAUGCAAAAUUAUAGAAUCUUAAAAUAAUAUAUGGAAGAAUAUAUAAUAUAAAUAACACAGACGUAUGUGACAUGGAUAAAUUUAAAUAUUGUCAAAAGAAUUGUCGUUAAAAAUUGAAGUAAAAAUCAUCAGCGAUUAAAAUCAAUAAUUGUUAUGAUUGUACACAUGAGAUAUAUAUAUAAUGAUGCUAUAUUCCAAUAUUGUUUUACUUAACUGUUAACUAAAUAUCACGAAUACUGAAAAAAAUAUACAAAUAGCACUUAA